UCAUCUCUUCCUAAGGAAAGAAAGAAACGUCGAGAAAUUGUGAGGGAAAGAAAUGAUGUACGAAUUCACGAGCCUGAGAACGAAGGAUUCGGAGAAGGAGGUUGAUCUCGAAGCCGGAAAUGGAGAGACGUUGUACCCUGGUUUGGGUCUGGGGGAGAAUCAGUUGCGAUGGGGCUUGAUUCGUAAGGUCUAUGGCAUUCUCGCUGUUCAAUUGGUGCUUACCACCAUCGUUUCUGCCGUCACCGUUCUCUACGCCCCCGUCAAUUCUCUCCUCGGUGACAGUCCCGGCCUCCUUCUACUCCUCUGCAUCGUGCCCUUCAUCCUGUUGUGGCCCUUGCACGUUUAUCACCAGAAGCACCCGGUCAACUUGAUUAUCCUGGGUUUCUUCACUGUGUCUCUAAGCCUUUUGGUCGGAGUAAGCUGUGCUAAUACAGAUGGGAAAAUUGUGCUCGAAGCACUAAUUCUAACUUCAGCUGUGGUUUGUUCUCUAACUGGAUACACUUUCUGGGCUUCUAAGAAGGGGCAAGACUUCAGCUUUUUGGGACCAAUUUUAUUCACCAGCCUCAUCAUACUCAUCCUAACCAGUUUUCUCCAGAUGUUCGUCCCCCUUGGCUCAACAUCUACAGCUAUCUAUGGAGGAAUUAGUGCGCUGGUUUUCUGUGGGUAUAUUAUUUAUGACACUGACAACCUGAUCAAGCGCUUCUCAUAUGAUGAAUAUAUUUUGGCCUCUGCUGCUCUCUACCUGGACAUUCUCAAUCUGUUCCUUGCCAUUUUGCGGGUUCUGAGUCAAAGAAACAAUUAGUUUAUCCAUGAUAUAUUAUCAGCCUGGCUUGGGGUGCAUAUUAUAUCUUCAUAAAAACUGAUUCCAAUUAAAGAUUGUGGAUAUUUAGUAUUAACAAAUUGUGGCGAAUGCACUCUUCUACUACUACUAGAGAAAAGAGGGCUCUUCAUUCAUGCAGAAUCUCGAUGUCCUGCAUUUAUCUCAAUCAACUAUAUACUGUAGUAAAUUGAUUAACUGGUGAAUUGUUCUCCGUUUAUGGUUUUGUUUAUAUGCUUGUGUUAUAUAUAAAAGUAGGGUUCCGAACCCUUCGGUACCGUUUUGAAAUUAAA